UCUGCUGCGGUCGCUAACUGUCAAAAGCAGACGAUGCUGUCAAACUGACAUUUCCUAUCGGUAACAAAAGACAAAAAAAAAAUCUCACAGAAGUUUCCAGCGAACAAGUGACCGCUCUGUUCUAGCGUUGCUGUAUCGAUUUUACGUGCAGUGAAAAGCUUCCCUCCCUUAACUCCAUUCGAUUGCAGGGCUAAACAGCAACACAAGAUGGCACAGAGCAAGCUGAACGAUUUGGCCGGAAAAUUCGGCAAAGGAGGCCCGCCCGGAUUGGUCACCGGACUAAAGGUGCUGGCCGCUGUCGGUGCGGCUGCCUACGGCAUUAAAAACUCGCUGUACACCGUUGAAGGUGGUCAUCGGGCGAUCAUAUUCAACCGUAUCGGUGGUGUGGGCGAUGAUGUGUUCGCCGAAGGUUUGCACUUCCGCGUGCCCUGGUUCCAGUAUCCCAUCAUUUACGACAUCCGUUCCCGGCCGCGCAAAAUUUCGUCCCCCACCGGUUCGAAGGAUCUGCAGAUGGUGAACAUUUCGCUCCGUGUCCUGUCCCGCCCCGAUGCACGCAAGCUGCCCGUGAUGUAUCGUCAGCUGGGCCAAGAUUACGACGAAAAGGUGUUGCCCUCGAUCUGUAACGAGGUGCUGAAAAGUGUGGUGGCGAAAUUUAACGCCUCCCAGCUGAUUACCCAGCGUCAGCAGGUGUCGCUGCUUAUACGCCGUGAGCUGGUGGAGCGUGCGGCCGAUUUUAACAUCAUUCUCGACGACGUGUCGCUAACGGAGCUGAGCUUCGGCAGGGAAUACACAGCGGCCGUUGAAAGCAAACAGGUAGCACAGCAGGAAGCACAGCAGGCAGCCUUCUUGGUGGAGCGUGCAAAGCAGGAACGGCAGCAGAAGAUCGUACAGGCCGAGGGUGAAGCCGAGGCAGCGAAAAUGUUGGGUAUUGCGGUAUCGGAAAAUCCCGGUUAUCUGAAACUACGAAAGAUUCGUGCUGCACAGAGCAUUGCUCGAACGAUUGCAAACUCACAGAACCGUGUCUACCUCUCUGCCAACAGUCUGAUGCUGAACAUUCAGGACGAUACUUUCGACGAUAUGUCGAAGAAAGUUUCAAAUGGACGGCAAGCAUCAGCAGCGGGGGGAUGGUUUAGCUCACCGACAUCAUCUACCGCAGCAGAGCAAAUGAAGCCGAAAGUGGGCGCGAAAGUGAACGAAAUUACCCCGGCGGAAGAUACGCUGCAGCAGCAUGACGAAAGUUUGAUUAAAAUCAUCGCGGAAGAAACGGUCGAGCGGUUGAAGGGAAAUGUGCUAUAGAGAAUGUUCCCCGACGUGCGGUCUAUACAUUAGUACGAAUGUACAAUUUUCUUUUCCUGAUGAUUUAUCGUAAAUGUUAUGCAUAUGUGUAAAAAGGAUCAACAUUUCAGUUUUACUUUCGCUCUCAAGCUGGCCGGGACUCCAUAGGUCAAUGUUAGACCUUGCGAAACGUUAAUGCCGUAGACAUUGUUUGGUUGAAGCUUUUCCGUGGAGCAAAAGCUCUCCAAAAGCUACCAAAGCGCUUAACAGCUCUAUAAUGAACUCUCAAUACUGUGAAACACCGGAAUGAACACCGGAUGAAUGGGUGAAAUUAGGUUUCUUCCUCUAUUAUCAGUGAAAGUAAGCGGAAAUGUUGUCCUUUUUAAAACAUGUUGCAACAUUUCAUAUAAUCUAUCAGGAAUUAUUAGACCGGAUUGAAAACAGUACAGUUUGAUGUACAGUUACACAUUACAAGGACAUUUCUUUCAGGUGAAGAAAUUGAAUGCAUUUGUUAUGCUGACCACCGACCAGCAGAUUCGUUGUACAAGUCAAGUUGAUUUCCUUUUUUUUUAACUCCUUUCCACGCAUUAUGGCUAUAUUUCCAAGUUGAUGUUUAGCAAAGUGUAAUUGUAGUUGGUUUGUUCCUGCUCCUUCUAGACACCGUUCGUCUGAUUUCUUGUGAUUUUAAAUUUUGUUGCCUAAUGUUUCAGAUCCUACAGAUUAAUAAAGGAUGGUACAACAGCAAUGGAAAAAUGUCCUCUUUUUUUGGUUUAAAUUUUCUUUACUGAUGGCUAAGUUUGUAGUCCAAUGGAUGAAAAAACGGGGGUUUUGCCUCACGCGUCACGUCAAGGUCCUACAGUGCUACAAGAGGUCCAGAUAAUGGCAGUGUUUCGUUUGUUGUUCGAGCCUCGGUAAAUGGCUCGAUCCCUGAAGGGGGGAGUUCCUGUUAAGUCCGUUCCGUUGUACUGCAGCCCGUUACCGACUGCUCAAGCUAAUUUACGAUUACGUUUCCUGGCGAUGGAAAUGUGACCGAUGGUUAUAUAUGGCGCAAAUGGGGUUGUAACUGCUGGCAAAAGCUUUCUACUACACUACUUACGAGGACAUGAGGACGUUGAUGAAGACAAGCGUUUCGAUUUCCAUCUCCAAGGGUACGGGUUAGGUUAGGGGUUCGGUUUGUUUGUUACUCGAUUCGAAUUGAUUUUGGACCUCAUUUUGGAUUAUUUUUUUAAACUACAUCAACUAGCUGUUGUAUCUAUCACUCGCUACGGCAUAACUCAUCACUAAAGACUACACCCAAUUACGGUUUAGAUAGAAGUAAUGGGACAGGAAAAACCUUUGAUUUUUUUUUCAUAUCAAGGCAAAGCACAUAAACAUAAGAUUCUAACAUAAAACAACGUUAAAAAUCAGAGUAGAGCAAAACAAAAAAAGGGGCAUGGCGUUAGAUCACUGUAUCGCUGCCCCUGACUGGUGGCCAUACCGAGAGGGAUGCAUUUUUUUUUUCAGUUGCAUUCUUAACAAUAGAGUUUAUCACAGUGUUUUGUUUUAAGUUUUUGAAGAAAAGCAGCAGCAUUUGUCGGUUUUGCAUUGAGUUUUUUCUUCUUCUCCUUCUUCGUAUAUGGUUACGCAUUGCCGAAAAAGUUGUACUGAAGAGAGACGAGCUAUCAACUGAUGGGAUGGGGGGGGGGGGGGGGGGGGGGGAAACGGGUGCAUCCAAACAGAUCCAAUAGACCGACCGUACAGCACACAUACCGAAGGCUUAAAAAUAAUUAACAAACAGGUAGGAGAGAAACGAAAUGGUUGCGGUGUAGUGUACGGAAAAAAAGCUAACAAGGAGCUUUUUGUCUUAAAAUAGAUACACUACGCUUACUUCCAAGCUACAACAUACAGGCAACUAAAAUGGAACGAGCAUCGAGCGUAAGGGUUCAAUACUGUUACCCGAAAAAUCCAUAGAAAAUAAAGAAUGAAACACAUCGUUACAAUAA